AUGUCCGAGCUUGAAUCUCCCUAUUGGGGAGAUAUUCGUUCGCUUCGGAACGAGUUGAACAAUGUGAAACGGCUCCUUGAGGACAUCAGGGCAUACUUGCCAUCUGAACCAACACCACAGAGACGGUCAAAGAGGUCUACCAUUCGACAUGCUACUCAGCAAGAUAAACCGCCGGCAUGGGCGGAGCAGAUCAUUACUCGCUUUAGCAUUCUUGAGGACUGGAUAGGGAGGAUUCAGUCCCAAACAGACGACAUCGAAGCACACAACAGAAGGAAUGGCACCCAGCAACCGCAAGUUCACUCAGCCGACGGCCACUAUGAGGGCAGCCUGAGAUCUCCACCACCCCAGGAUAGCGGCAUGGCGAGCGCCUCAACUCAUCAACGCCGCGAGGCAGAGCCAGAGGACCAGGCCCCAGCAAACGCCCACGGCGACAACUCGGCCACCAGCAUUGAGGCCACCGGAGAUCCAUCAAGCGAUGGCUCUGACAAAGACAAAGACAAAGACACAUCCAUGCGAGACUGCGAGCAGGUGCCACCAUCACCACCUGGGGGCACAGACGCGGCGGCUUCUGCGGCCAGUGCUUCCCGAUCCGCAUCCAGGCAGGCCACAGCCAACGACCAAGGGGACAUCCCGGCCACGAAUCACACUCCAGAGGCGGAGGCAGAAGCGAGCGCCCCGGAGGACGAGGACGUGGUCAUGGGCGAUUCCGAUGCGGCUCAAGAAGAAGACAACGCCAAGUCUGGCGCCGCUGAUCACCGGUCGGCACGGUCCUCAGCCCCGGAGGACGACACGGGCGGCGACAAGUCCGAGGCCAACCCGCAAACACAGCCCACAACCGCAAACCCAACUGGCCAAGGGGCCGGCGCACAGGUCAACAUGCAAUCGCCGUUUAGCGCUACGCCCGAGGAAAGAACCAUGCAGCUCCCAACCACGCCAAACUCUCAAGGCAGCGACACGACCAAGGACACAUCCCGCGCCACCACCCCGGACACGCACCUCACAUCGCCAGACACCUCAGUGCCAGACUCGCCGUCCCAAUUCACUUUAUCAGAAGCUGACAUGGGAGAAGGACUGGUCGAAGCACUCGAGAGGAUCAUCAAACGGGACGAUUCUAUGCACAAGAUUUCGGUUCCCAACCUGCCCGUCGACCUAGAUUUAAUCAAAGCCGCGGUAAAAGCCGAGUUAAGUGCGCCAAAUCCCGACUGGCAAUUCACCGCCAAUAGAUUCGUGCCCGGGCCAAAAGGCGAGGGCUACAUGCGUGCCUAUAUCUCGAAACGUCAAUCCCACUUCGCAUUCCCGGACUUUCCAGACAAGGUGGUGAUACCGACCGAGGAGGAGGCCAGGAAGUGGCUUGAUGACUACUUCGAUAACCCUCCAAAGGGCAUUGUUCCAUACUUUACCGGCCAUCUAGAUCUUCCAUACGGGGAUCUGCUAAAUCCAGGAACAACGCUACUAGACAACCCGAAACUCCUCGACCUGCACCGUCCAUACUGGCACAUUGGCGGAGAUAAAUCCGCGAACCGGUUCCAUAUCGAAGACUAUAGUUGCUCUGAGGACGAAUCGCCCUGCGGCCUGCGUUCUGCCAACCUGGUGCUAGAAGGAGUCAAACUCUGGACUGCCAUUAAGGUGCAUCACACAAAGAAAUUUGAGGCCUUUGUCGCCAAGAACUGGGACUGCAAUGAGUGCAGUCAACACGUCGGACAUCAGUCUCUGUUGAUAUCCCCUUUGAUACUUGAGAGAGAAGGUAUCGAUUUUGAGAUCAAGGUUCAAGGGCGUGGCGAGCUCAUGCUCACUGGGCGCAGCCAGUAUCAUAUGGUCGUCAACAUGGGCUCCAACAUUGCCAUAUCUAUGAACCACUUACAGCGUGGAGAUCGCCUCAAAUCUACGGCGCUGCGCCAGUGCGUCAAGUGUGGCGUACUGGACGAUACUGUCACUCGCGUCCCACCGCCCAAGUCAUCAGAACCCAGAACGCCUCUACCAUCAAUUCCAAACCCACCGCCCGAGCAGUCAGAAGCCAGAUCGCCUCUCCCGACACUUCUAGGCAAAAGGCCAAGGACCGAUCAGCAGGGAACCCAGACCUCGGGUAGGGAAACACGUGCAGACACAGCAGCCAGGAGGAAGCUAAAUGCACUGGAGGAAGAGAUCAGGAAGCGAGAUCCUGCCUGCCGCAUUCCCCGGGUACCCAGGGAUUCAGAUUCAACUCCGCCAGAAAAGGUCUUCAAGGCCGCAGCUUCUGUUCAAAGUUCACUGGCAGUCAAGCAGUUUAUCAGCCUGGUGGAUGAAUGGAGACGUCGUGAUGAACACAUGUUUCUUUCAGGUGAUACGAGAGACAUAUUGCUACAGCAUGGCAAACGUUUGGCCGCUGCUAUUGGGAAGUCAUCUCUCAGCAAAUUCCUGUAUCGCUAUGCCCAAGCCUGCGUCGCUCGAGAACUUGAUAUGCAAAUGAAGAAGCGUGGCAGUAUACGACGAAGCAAAGAGGACACCGAGCGACUCGCUCAGCAGCUGGGGAUGGAGACAGAAGAGCUGAAGGCCCAUUUGGAGGAUGGACGGAUAUGGAACUCAAUAUGUGGCCCUGAGGAUGAUGGGUUGUUGCCAUUCCUUCUUCUCGAGUCGAAGUGGCCUUUCAAGGAAGAGCGUAAGGAAGACUGUCCUCUUUAUGUUAAGAAAAAGGAAUGGAAGUCCCUGGUGCGGGACGUGCAGGUGUUCCAUAGCCUCCUCGAUGUUGAGUAUGUCAAGAAACUCCGCCAGGUCGGGAGGGCCUUUGAGGAAAUGAUAUCAACGGGCUCAGAACAGGUAUUUGGACUGGAGGAUGAAGCGAACGGCUGGGAGUCGUUGCGCUCUGCCUAG